UAGCCGACUUGCCCCAAGCCACAACAUCGUCGUGACAUUGGGUCAAGGGUCGCAAACUUACACAUGACAAUGCACGCGAGUAUCGCCAGUGGAUGAAUCGGGUCCAGUAGCGAAGGCCCCGCACUAGUCGCGGAGGGUUGACGUCAACAACCACACGCCCCAAAAGAACGAUCACGAAGCAUCCUCCCGACACCUCUUCACCUGAAAGGCGUCGGGGUGCUUCAAGAGCUCAAGGGAGCUAAGUGAAACGAUAGUCUUCAAUGUGCGGUAAAGCAGGACUUCACCGUUCCUUGUCCAUCGCCUUCCACCGAUCUUCGACUCCUGGGCGUUACGCCGCCCUACGUGAUUCUCCAGGGAAGUGGCAUCGGUUUGAGAGCAAAUACGCGAAGACAAAGAUCAGAUGUCAUUGCGUUGUGUAGAGGAUGGUGGUGGAU